UCUUGGCUUCUGAUUAGCUCUGGUUGGUCAUGGUUGUUCGGGGUUAGGUUGCUUCCAUUGAAUUUAGUGAAGAGGGUUUAAUUUUUAUUGUUGGAAGGAAAACAAAAACUGGAGGGUCUGUGUUGUUUUAUUGUCAAAUUUAUGUACAACAUAGACUAGUUUGCUGCCGACAACUCUCGGAAAAGAUGAGCGGAGGAGUAUAUGGGGGAGAUGAGGUUGGUGCUCUUGUCUUUGAUAUUGGGUCUUACACAGUGAGAGCUGGAUAUGCAGGCGAGGACUGUCCAAAGGCAGAUUUCCCAACACACAUUGGGAUGGUGCUGGACAGGGAAGAUGGGAGCACGCCAAUGGAGACAGACGGAGACAAAAGCAAACAAGGAGGCACGUCCUACUACAUUGAUACCAAUGCACUGAGGGUAGCAAGAGAGAACAUGGAGGUCAUAUCCCCUUUGAAAAACGGCAUGAUUGAAGACUGGGACAGUUUCCAAGCCAUUUUAGAUCACACAUACAAGAUGCAUAUUAAAUCGGAAGCAAGUAUGCACCCUGUACUAAUGUCAGAAGCCCCGUGGAAUACGCGAGCUAAGAGGGAGAAGCUGACCGAGCUGAUGUUUGAACAUUACAACAUCCCUGCAUUCUUCCUGUGUAAAACAGCAGUCCUCUCAUCAUUUGCCAAUGGGCGAUCAACAGGGUUAGUGUUAGAUAGUGGAGCCACACACACCACAGCCAUUCCUGUUCAUGAUGGAUAUGUGCUCCAACAAGGUAUUGUAAAGUCACCUCUAGCUGGAGAUUUCAUCAGCAUGCAGUGUAGAGAGCUAUUUCAAGAAUUAGGUGUUGAAAUAGUUCCUCCUUACAUGAUUGCCUCAAAGGUGAGACCUUCUAAAGAACCUGUACGAGAAGGAGCCACUGCUAACUGGAAGAAGAAAGAAAAACUACCUCAAGUGACAAGGUCUUGGCACAACUACAUGUGUAAUACUGUGAUCCAGGAUUUCCAAGCCUCAGCUCUACAAGUCUCGGAUUCUCCGUAUGAUGAGCAAGUGGCUGCACAGAUGCCUACAGUUCAUUAUGAAUUGCCCAAUGGCUACAAUUGCGACUUCGGAGCAGAGAGAUUAAAAAUUCCAGAAGGCUUGUUCGAUCCCUCAAAUGUGAAGGGUCUGUCUGGAAACACCAUGCUGGGUGUCGGCCAUGUGGUCACCACCAGUGUUGGAAUGUGUGAUAUUGAUAUCAGACCUGGUCUGUAUGGUAGCGUGACAGUAGCUGGUGGAAACACACUCAUACAGGGCUUCACAGAUCGGCUAAACAGAGAGCUAUCCCAGAAAACUCCUCCUAGCAUGCGUCUGAAACUAAUAGCAAACAACACCACAGUGGAACGCAGGUUCAGUUCUUGGAUUGGAGGCUCCAUACUGGCUUCCCUGGGUACUUUUCAACAGAUGUGGAUCUCCAAGCAGGAAUAUGAAGAAGGAGGCAAGCAGUGUGUUGACAGAAAAUGCCCAUAAACAGACCUACCACACUAUUGCCUUUAGCAGUCAAAACAACACGGAUUUAGUCUAUAGCCUUCUACAGUGUACUCAGGAACACCAAGGACAUUUUUCCACCUUUU